AUGGAUCCUCGUAGUAAAAGGAAAAAGGGAAGUUACUGCUGUGUCGUUGGAUGCCACAAUAACAGAGCUGACGCAAGAGGGAAGCAACCUGCAAUUAAGUUUUACUCGUUCCCGAACAAGUGGUAUGAACAGGAACGCCGACGACGGUGGAUUACAGCUGUACGACGGGUCAACGAGGAUGGCACUGACUGGGAGCCGAGCCCCACAAGCGUCAUAUGCAGCUCGCACUUCGUUGGAAAUGAGAAGGCCGUUGAUGAGGCGCACCCAGCCUACGUUCCAACGGUUUUCCCGGAAGUGUACAAGAAAAAAUUAGCCAGACCAGUGGAUGGCACGCAGACAGAAGCCACCAGCCAGUGUGAUGUUGGUACCUUCUCCGUCUUGAUGUGCACAAUUUUGGACAACGCGCGCGGCACGCAGGUUAGUCACUCGUCUUGUACUGAAAGUGCAGUUCAGGCAACACCGCACACCAAGUCAUCUUCGACUGGCCCAGAUAACCGUGUUUGCAUUUUCCAAGGCUAUGAGAGCGUUUGUGAUGAUGCAGCAACAGUGCAGGAGUUAUGUGGGAUAAGCCUACAAGGCUUUGCAUUACUUCUUAGUUUGCUUACUAGCCUUAGAGUAAAGUCAGUCAGCAUUACUGUUCCAAAUGAGCUUCUAAUGUUUUUGAUGAAAUUGAAACUAGGACUAUCGUUCUCAAGUUUGGGUACCCUGUUUGGUGUGCAUCGAUCAACAGCAAGUAGAGUAUUUUUUCUUGUCCUCGCGAAUCUGGUGACCGCAACCAGGGACUGGACUUUUCCUCCGUCACUAAGCACCGUUAGAGCUACAAUGCCACACUGUUUUAAGGAACACUAUCAUGCUUGCAGGUAUAUCAUUGAUUGUACUGAAGUUCGAACCGAAACACCAGCUCCUGUCGAGAAGCAGCGUAGUCUUUACUCAAAUUACAAGGGAGGCAUGACCGUGAAAUUUCUGGUGGAUAUUGUACCCAAUGGGCAGAUUGCCUUUAUAUCAAAGGCAUAUGGAGGACGGGAGAGUGACACAACUAUCACAGUUCAGUGUGGAUUUCUUGACCUCGUUGAGCCGGGUGACCUUAUUCUGGCCGAUAAAGGCUUCCCUGGGAUUAAUGCACAUCUAGGACUGAAAGAUGCAAUUUUAGUCAUGCCCCCAUUUUCAUCUGGCAAUGCCCAAUUUAGCAGCCAAGAAAUGGACCACACAUACCAGAUUGCACAGGUCAGAGUGCAUGUGGAAAGGGCUAUUCAACGCCUAAAGGUAUUCAAUAUUAUAAACCAGAGGGUGCCAAUUGAUCUGGUUCCACACAUGACAGACAUAGUUCGAAUGUGUGCAGUACUUGUGAAUUUACAAGCGCAAAUUUUAGGUCACCAGAAUGACCUGUAUAGUUUGUGUACUGAACACUUGGUAUACUGUGUGAUGAAUGCAGUGUUUCACAAGGCUGUAAGCGCACCUGAGUGUGAUUAA